AUGAGAACCGACGUUAGCAUCGCUGUGCUGCUUGCACUGGCGCAAGGAGUCUCGGCUCAGCAGGCGCCAUGGGGCCAAUGCGGCGGUGCUGGAUGGACAGGACCAACAACUUGCGUAGCGGGAUGGCAUUGCGAGAAGUCCAAUGAGUACAUCUCCGCAGCGGACUACGUCAAGGCCAUGAACCCGGGAUGGAACCUGGGAAACACGCUCGAUGCUAUUCCCAACGAGGGGUCGUGGAAUAACCCACCUGUAGUUGACAAGACUUUUGAUGAUGUGAAGGCUGCAGGCUUCAAGAGCGUUCGCAUACCGGUGUCGUACAGCGACCACUUCACCAGCGAUGCUCCUAACUACACGGUUGAUGCAACUUGGCUUCAACGUGUGUCCGAUGUAGUCGACAUGGCAACUGCCCGGGGGCUCUAUGUUCUGACCAACGUACAUCACGACUCCUGGAACUGGGCCGAUGUCACCAAAGCAAACACUGACGCGGACCUCAAAAUUUUGAAUGACAAGUUCUACAACCUCUGGCUCCAAAUCGGCCGCAAGCUUGCCUGUAAAUCUAACCUUGUUUCCUUCGAAUCCAUCAACGAGCCCCCUGCCACUACCGCCGAGCAUGGCGCCCGCAUAAACACCCUCAACCAGCUCUUUUUAAACGCCUUGUCCGACAGCGGUGGUUAUAACACCCGCCGAGUCGUGAACCUCGUCGGAGGAGGCAUGGAUGCAGCCAAGACAACGCAGUGGUUCAAACCCCCGGCGAUUAUCAAAAACCCUUGGGCGCUGCAGUACCACGUCUACAGCCCCUAUGACUUUAUCUUCUCGGCGUGGGGCAAAACGAUUUGGGGCUCUGACGCGGAUAAGUCGGCCAUGGCAACCGAGCUGGGCAUUGUGAGGGGAAACUACACGGAUGUACCGUUGAUUAUUGGAGAGUUUGACGCGAGCCCCUUGAACACGGAGCUCGCUGCUCGAUGGAAGUGGACGGAUUACUUGGUCCGCACGGCGGCGGGACUGAAUACCGCCGUUGUGAUUUGGGACAACGGGCUGGACCACCUCGACCGUGACGCGCAUGUCUGGCGCGACCCAACGUCGAUCAGCAUUCUUAACAACGCCGCCAAGGGGACCAAAAACUCGCUUCCAGAUAGCACCGUCGACGCUUCGGCGACGACGCAGUCCUCUUCGGCGUACGUUUUCAACAAAGUUGGGAGCACUCCCGGGGACCAGGCCCUCCCUUGGCUGUUCAACGGCAACACUCUCAAGACGAUCAAGUCCAACUCGGGUGCCACGCUGGUAGUCGACAAGGACUACACCGUCUCCUCGUCGGCCGUCACGAUUAAGGCCUUAUUCCUGGCGCAGUAUCUCACGCCCACAGCUGCACCUGGGAGCAAGGCGAAUCUGACGCUCACCUUCUCGGCCGGCGCGACGUCCCAGAUCGAGAUUGUCCAGUGGGACGUGCCGACGCUAGCUUCGACGAGUUCCAAGGCCGUUGCGGGCGCUGAUCUGAAUAUCCCAAUCACAUACAAGGGGGUAAAGAUACCCGCCGCCGUGAAGGCAUUGAGCAGCGACGGGGUGUAUCUUUUUGAUGAUUGGACGCAGUAUCUUGGACCGCUUCAACAAGCGCGUAUUACUUUCAACGGACAAUGGAAUUACGAUGGCGCCAAAGUGAUUUUGCCUGCGGCCACCGUCCAGGCCGUCAUCGCCUCUGGAAAGACGACAACAUUUACGUUCGAAUUUUACCCGCGUGUACCCGGGAAUAAUGUUAUGUACACUCUUAGCCCAUAG